GUGACGUAAGGUUGCUAUAAAACGGCAGUAAACUACUGGUGAACGCUAAUGCAUUUACUGAACCAAGCAUUAUUGUCACCAGUGAACUCACAUUCUGAAGAACAAUCGUCCAGAUCACGUAGUGUAUCAGUUCUGAAUGUGUUUUGCAAAAAAUUGUCAUGAAAUAAUCAUGUGCAGUUCCGCAUUUAGUAUGGAACAACCAAAGCAAAGAAGGGGCACAUUCUAAGUUGAUUUGGGCAUAGGUAGCUAUUUUUAGGUGUGUUAUAGAUACUGGUAAGUAAUAUCUUUCAUACCAGUAGCUAACAUUGGCGAGUAAAGAGACUCAUGCCAAAUACAACAUUCCUUUAUUAUUUAAAUUUAUGAAUUAUUCAAAUCAAUGCCAAGAAAAAAUGGUCUUAAGUGCAUAGCAUAGUCUACAGAUAUGAACGUACGCGCUAUAACAAUAAAUCAAACCUCUUAAGUGUUUCAUAAUUUGGAGAUAUCACGUACAGUUACGUAAAUAAAAGAAACAUUUCUGUAUAGCCGCUCACGCUCACUUUUGCAACAUGUUUUGUAAAGCAAUGUAGCUAGCUAAUCAGAAAGCCAAGCGCAACAAAUGUGCUAUUUCAUAAUAUGAACGCAAAAGUUCACUGAAAAUGAACCAUAUCCGCUUCUAGUCGUAUAUUAUUAAUCUUUUAACAAGGUUUGUUACAAUUAACACGUUUACAGUCUCCAAAUGCACUGGAUAAUGUGACGUCUUUUAUAUCAGGCAAAACAAAGACAACCAUAAUUUACUCUAUAUUGGGGUCCUCACUGAACUGAUUGCUUUCUCCUGCACGGACUGCAAUGGCGGAUUACGAUAGCUACGAUGACCGAGAUCGGGCUUAUGGCAGUUUUGGAGGUGGGAGAGGAAGAUCCCGAGGCGGAGGCGGCCCAGGGGGACCCCGCAAACAGAAAGAGCUCCCCACGGAGCCCCCCUACACGGCCUACGUGGGCAACCUCCCCUUCAACACGGUGCAGGGAGACAUCGACGCCAUCUUCAAAGACCUGAGCGUCAGGAGCGUCCGGCUAGUCAGAGAUAAAGAAACAGACAAGUUUAAAGGUUUCUGUUAUGUAGAAUUUGAUGACUUGGAAUCCCUAAAAGAAGCCUUGAUGUACGAUGGUGCUCUCCUGGGCGAUCGGUCGCUACGCGUGGACAUCGCCGAGGGCCGUCGGCAGGAGAAAGGCGCCGGAGGGUUCGGCUUCCGAAAGCAGGACGACAGAGGAGGCCGAGGAGGCAUGCGUGGCCCCAGAGGAGGGGAGCGGGAUCCCAGAGACGACUUCGACCAAUCGGGAGGAGGCUUCAGGGAGGACGACUUCAUGUCUGGGAGGAGUCGAGGGGGCGGGCGACCCGGAGACCGGAGGGGGGUCGGAGCCGGAGGCGGAGGAGGGAUGGGCCGGUACAGAGAUGGACCGCGCGGUGGCUCCACGGACUUCAGAGAACCUUCUGAAGAGGAGAGGGCUCAGCGGCCGAGGCUGCAGCUGAAACCGCGCACGGUGGACGCCCCCCUGAACCAGGUCGCCAACCCCCACUCCGCCAUAUUCGGUGGGGCGAAGCCGCGGGAGGAGGUAAUUUCCAAAGAAAAGGACUAAAAAAAAAAAUUAAAAAUUAAAAAAAUUUAAAUUAAAACAGCCGCAGGGCAGGGGUAGGGCAAUGGGACUGUAGAGGAUGCUGGGAAAUGGUACCGCCUCCGCCAUUACUCCCACCCGUCAAUCAGACCGAGGCCCCGCCUCCCCCGGGCCCGGUUUCAGCAACAUAUAUAUUCAACAAGCAAGAAAACAAACACACACACACGCCCACAAAACAAACAAAAACAAAACGACGACAAACAAGCAGCUUGUGAAUGCAUGUCCGCCGUUAGCAAGAGGUUUUUAACGUACUCCUCCGCUUCCCUGUAUCUAGUGCCUGCUCUGUACUGUAGUUACUUUGGGGGAUGGACAGUUCACACCUUGAUUUCUGAGAGGUAUACAAACUUCGCUGCUCCAAAAAGAAGGAUCCAGUCAGUUUUAUUUUAUUUUAGUUCGUUGUUCUGGACCGGAGUGAAAUGGCCCCUAAAAAUUGACAAGCCGAACAGUGUUAAAAGCCAAGCCGUUUUUUGCAUUGAGUGUUUGUGGCCUAACCUCUGAUGUGCCGUGUUUUAUGAACUCAAACUCAUUGAGUUUUGCCUAUGAGUGCUUUUUAAUUGGCGUUUAUUUGUGACUUGACUUUGGUGUGCUAACGUUAAAGGGCACCUUGGCUUGUUUUGAACAAAGGCUCACCUCUUGACUUUGACGUUUUAUCUGUUUACACGUUCCUAAAUGGACACUAUGGUUCAUGGUUAAUUAUCAAGCAAAGUACUAAGGUAUUUUUGUAUGGAAACCCAGGCUAAGUUCUUGGUUGGACGAUCCAAGUACACAUUGAGAAGAUGGGCCAUUAAGGCAGGGCAAUAAAUUAUGGAUUUGUCCAAUCAAACACUUUCCCUGGGUUUAUUUUGUUUAGAGGAAAACCAGUUUCCCUUUAAUUGCAGUGGGGAGCUGGGUGUUCAUGAGUUGGUUUCGGUGCUUGGUGAGUGGCAUUUUAGAGAAGGUCAAUCCAGUCACCAUGCAGUAAUUUCAUUUUAUAUGGAGGUGGCCAUCCACACUCAGUGACUUAAAUACAUGGCGAUUUUUUUAUCCUGUUUGAAUUGGACUUUAAACUGGUGUGUUUAAUAUAAAUUUUAUCUUUUCUUUUUUUUUAAUUGUGUACAUAAUUUACUUUUGUGUAAAAUUAUGAAGUGGUGCAAAAAAGUCUACCGUUUUAACACAAUGCUGUUAUGGACAGUGUACCUUUGUUUCUGUAUCUCUUUGUGCUGCUGAUUUUGUUUUGAAUUUUAAAGUAAUUUCACAUGUUCCUCUUCUAUCAAGCCCGCCUGAUGUUUUUUGUUUUUUUCUUGUUU